AUGCUAGCCUUGCGGUAUGUCCUCGUGGGUGACGCCCUAGAUGGCGGUGCAGCAGAGUUUCUAUCGGACCCCAGCAGCAGCUCAGCAGCAGCAGCAGCAGCAGGAGCAGCAGCAGGAGCAGCAGCAGGAACAGCAGCAGCAGCAGCAGCAGAACUGCCGCCAGCGAAGCGUUUGUCUGCUGCAGCAGGGAGCAGCUUGUCUCCUCCAUCCAAGAGAGCAGCAGCAGCAGCAGCAGCAGCAGCAGCAGCAGCAGCAGCAGCAGAUGCAGCAGAUGACAUCGAUGAGGUUUUGGGGGACUCUGUCUUCUCUCCUCCUGCAGCAGCACCCGUUCCUGCUGCUGCUGCUGCUGCUGCUACGAAGGCAGCAGAAGCCCCACAAGACCCUCAGGCUAUCCUUGCUGCUGCAACUGCAGCAGGACAGGUAGUGCCUGAGUGGGUGAUGAGCGGCAGCAAGAGGUGGCUAUACACCCGAGAGAAGACAGCCUAUUUCAACUAUGGUUUUGACGAUCAUACUUUUGUCUGCUGGCUGCAGCAGCAGCUGCAGCAGCGGCUGCAGCGCAGCGCCAGGCUGCCGCUGCAUGUGCAGGACCCACAGCAGCAGCAGCAGCAGCAGCAGCAACAGCAGCAGCAGCAGCAACAGCAGCAGCAACAACUACACUGGCAGCUACAGCAGCAGCAAACACAUAUGCUUGCACAAACAGAACCAGUUAUGCUGAGACGCAACCACAGUAACCAGCAGCAGCAGCAGCAGCAGCAGCAGCAGCUGCAGCAGCAACAGCAGCAACUGCAGCAGCAACAGCAACAUAUGCAACAGCAACAUCUGCAGCAGCAGCAACACCAGCACCAAAUGCAACAGCACCAUCUGCAGCAGCAGCAGCAGCAGCACCAACUGCAACAGAUGCAGCAGCACCAUCUGCAGCAGCAGCAGCAGCAGCAGCAGCAGCAGCAGCAAGAGCAGCACUUGCAGCCUAUAACGCCUGAAGCAGACUACGGUCCAACAGGUUCCUUAGUGAAGACCAGCAGCAGCAGCAGCAGCAGGAAUGAAGGCACCAGCAGCAGCAGCAGCAGCAGCAAGAAUGAAGGUACCAGUAGCAGCAGCAGCAGCAGCAGCAGCAGCAAGAAUGAAGGUACCAGUAGCAGCAGCAGCAGCAGCAGCAGCAGCAGCGAUGAUGGCAGCAGGAGCUUCAGUACACUAGGGGCUCUCUGCUUCCGUCUGUUCGCAGCACCGCAGCAGCAGAAGCUGCUGCAGCAGCACCCGCAGAAGCUGCUGCAGCAGCACCCGCAGCAGCAAACGCUGCUGCAGCAGCACCCGCAGCAGCAAAAACUGCUGCAGCAGCACCCGCAGCAGCAGAAACUGCUGCAGCAGCAGAAACUACUGCAGCAGCACCCGCAGCAGCAGAAAGUGCUGCAGCAGCAGAAACUGCUGCAGCAGCACCCGCAGCAGCAGAAACUGCUGCAGCACCCGCAGCAGCAAGGGCUGCUGCAGCAGCACCCGCAGCAGCAGAAACUUCUGCAGCAGCAGCUGCGGCAGCAGCAAGGGCUGCUGCUGCUGCUGCUGUAA